UGUUUUGCCUCCUCCCCCAAAACCCCCAAAUUUCAAAACCCUCACUGCACACAGAACCCAGACAAAAAAAUACAGCAACCUUGAGAGAGAAAUCUGGUAACAAAUCUAGAGAGAGAGAGAGAGAGAGAGAGAGAAGCACAAUGUCUGGCUUCUCCUUCUCCACCGACCCAUCUUCAUCUUCCUCAUCAUCUUCAACCACUCUCUUCUCCACCUCCUCUCUCUCUUCUUCUUCAUCUUUCCCUUUCUCAAAUCCCACCUCUUCUUCUUCCUUCCCAUUCUCAUUCUCAUCCUCCUCCACUCCUUCUUCCGUCUUCGCCUCUUCAAUCCCUAACCCUAACCCUAGCCCUAGCCCUUUCUCCUCUUCCGCCUCCGCCUCCGCCUCCGCCCCUUCCUUAGGCUUCGGCUUGCCCAAUUCCGCCGCCUCCACCCCCUCGAUUUCCUUCGGUUUUGGCUCUUCCGCCUCCGCCGCUUCAUCGCCAUUUGGGACUCCUAGUUCGUUUGGGUCGUCUUCUGCUACAAACUUGUUCGGAUCUACUACUUCGACCUCUGUCUCAACUAGUACACCGCCUUUUGGGUCGUCUUUGGGUUCAGGUUCUACUACGACGAAUACUACUACGAACCUGUUUAGAUCUUCUUCGAGUUCAGGUCCUACUACUACUGCUGCUGCUGCUGCUUCUUCUCCAUUUUCUUCAAAUUUGUUCGGAUCUUCUUCGAGUUCAUCUUCUACUACUACUACUACUGCUGCUGCUUCUCCAUUUUCUUCAAGUUUGUUUGGAUCUUCAUCUUCGAGCUCUGUGUCUGCUUCAACACCUACUCCAACCUUUUCUUCUCCAUUAUUUGGGGCUUCUUCGUCGGCUUCUACUACAACUUCAACAGUGCCUUCUUUUUCUAAUUUGUUUGGAUCGUCUUCAUCGAGCUCAAUUUCAACUUCUUCACCAUUUCCCUUAGCUUCAGCACCUGGGUUUUCUUUUCCUUCGGCUUUGAAAGGUACUGGAAGUUCUUCAUCCCCUGGUACCUUUUCUUUAGUACCCAUUGCAAGUUCCAUUUCAGCAGGUUCAUCAAAUUUCUCGUUUGGAACUCUGGCCUCUUCUGGUUCGCAAUCGCAAUCUUCUUUCGGGCUCGGGAAUGUGAUAUCCUCUGCAGCCACAGCCACAACCGCAAGCACGCCCGCUGUGAAGCCUACUUCAUUAGGCUUUGGAACUGCGUCUUCUUCAUUGUUUUCGACUGUUACGACCACUACCAGUGCUUCGUCUCCAGCGGCAUUGACAGCCUCAUCUUCUGCUGUUUUUUCUUCUUCUUCUACUACUACUACUACUGCUUCGACUGUUUUGUCACCGGCAUUUCCUCCUUCUGGUGUGAGUUCUUUGUUCUCAACUGCAGCUUCUACACUGACUACUAAAGCUGCUUCAUCCGCAGCCCCUACUCUUUCAUUUCCAAGUUUUGGAACCACUAGCACAGCUGCUUCUUCAGGCACUACAAGUUCACUUCCAAGUUUUUCACUUUCUACCAAAGCAUCAGCCCCAGCUACUGCCUCUGCCUCAUCAACACAAUCCCAAUCGACACCUGCUGCGCCUCUUUUUGGUGUACCUACUUCUACUUCCGCUUCUGUUGUUGCAACAUCAUCCAAUGCCAGUGCUACUGUUGCUCAGACAUCAAUGUCCCUGACUGUAGCUUCCAGUAGUGGGACUGCUACAACUGUCAGUGCUGUUACCCCAGCUCCAAAGUUGCCAUCUGAGAUCACUGGGAAAACUGUUGAGGAGAUUAUCAAGGAGUGGAACUCUGAGCUGCAAGAACGUACUGGAAAGUUUCGAAAGCAGGCCAAUGCAAUAGCUGAGUGGGACAGGAGAAUCUUGCAGAAUCGUGAUAUUCUUCUUAGACUUGAGAGUGAAGUGGCCAAAGUGGUAGAGACUCAAGCGAACGUGGAGCGACAACUAGAGCUUAUUGAGACGCAUCAGCUGGAGGUUGACAAGGCUUUGCAAAGUAUAGAAGAAGAAGCUGAGCGUAUAUACAAGGAUGAGCAUAAUGUGCUACUUGACGAUGAAGCAGCAUCCACCCGAGAUGCAAUGUACGAGCAAGCUGAAGUCAUAGAGAGGGAACAGGAACAGAUGGCUGAACAGAUCAAAACAAUUAUUCAGAUCCUCAAUGCUAAUCAGGGCGGAGAACUCGAUACAAUUGAUGGAAUGACUCCUUUGGAUGUUGUUGUCCGGAUAUUAAACAAUCAACUAAGUUCCCUGAUGUGGAUUGAUGAAAAGGCUGAGGAAUUCUCAUCUCGGAUUCAGAAGCUUGCAAGCCAAGGUUCUGCUGCGGACCGUGAAUUGAUGGGCCCAAAGCUCUGGAUGACUUGAUCUUCGAUUUUGUACUUAGCUAUAGAUUUUUUUAAUGUCAAAUGAUACUCUACAGAAAAGAGUUUACUUCCUGAAGAAGAAACCGGGUGGCAACACAAAGCAUUCGUUUUGUUUUCUCUUCGAUGAAAACAUGUAUGCUUCUUCAAAAUGUUAUUUCCUUGUUCUCUUUUAAAUGUGAAGAGUGAGGUAACCCUAGGUGGUCUGAAUUUUAUAGCUACAAGUAGUUGAAUUCUUUUUGGAUUGAUUUGUUUUACUUUCAUACAUUACUGUACUUGACCAAAGAUUUGUAUUGAAGGAGAUGUAAGAUGAUUACAUUGUCGUCGGAAAUAUCGUACCCUAGUAUAAAUUAUUUGUUUA